CAUAUCCCAUAUAAGAGCGCAAGUAUGGACCCGAUCAUAUUGAUAUGUUUCGGAAGUAAAUGUAGUAAUAAUUGUUUUCAGGCAUUGACUAUGCCAUUGUCAGACUAACCAGACUAUUCAAAACAGCCUUGCAAAGUUUUAAAUGCGGUUAUCAGUAGAUAAGUUGUAAAAACCUGACGUCAAUCAGGUCUGUUGAGCAACGUAGCAAGGAAGGUUGAAAUAUGUGAAAAAACCUUGUCUGUCGCUCAUUUUCAAGUAUUUAUUAUGAAGCCAUAUCGCCAAAAAACGCAUAGAUGGCAUGCCGAAUAAAGCUUAGAAAUCACUGAUGCUUUCUGUCAGAAAACCAUACCUGCCGGACGAUAUUUCUUGGCGGUGGAAGGGAGAGCUAUGGGUCCUGGAACUGAGUUGUGUUGUCAAAUCGUACAGCUGUGUACCUACUACAACUACUAGCUACUGUGUGCUGGCAAUGUAGGAUUCUGGGAGCUAGGGGUGGUUUCACAAGAGGAAGUUUGUUGCCUUCGUUUACUGUAGAGUUUGGGGCGGUCUGGAGGGCUUCGGGAAUACAAACCGGGACGUGGCUGGGAGAAUGAUUGAAUGAGGAGCUCACACUGCUUGGCGGAUUUGGCGCUGAUGAUUUUACACAUUUGGAGUUUAUAUUUAGAUCAGUCUAAUGAGCUUCUUUGAGCCGCACAAAACCACCUCUGCAUCUCUCAAGCACUGCCACUAGGGGGCAGCACUGAAAAUGUAGACAGGAUCUCUCUGUUGCACACAGUCUCCUGACUGGAGGCUUGGAGUGGGACCAGGCGAAGUGGAGCAGGCAGGAUGUGGGGGCUGCUUGCGUUGCUGUACCUGGGCCUGGGGGCGGGGCUACAGGAGAACCAGGUGGCGCAGCAGGCCAUCCGGCUGCACCGGGGGCGGGGCGUGGUGGCGACCCAGGCCCGGCAGUGGGUGGCUGAGAACUGCAGGCGUCUCUCCGGCCUCCUGAGGCAGAAGAAGGCUGCGGUGAGGAAGCUGGCCGUCGCCAUAGUGGCCACCGAGCAAGACCGCUUUCUCUCCGGCCCUGAGAAGCUCUUCCAGGUGCACACGCUGGAGAUCUUCCAGAAGGAGCUCAACGAGAGCGAGAAGUCUGUGUUCCAGGCUGUGGUGGGGCUCCAGCGCGCCCUGCAGGGGGACUACAAGGACGUGGUAAACAUGAAGGAGAGCAGCCGGCAGAGGCUGGAGGCCCUCAGGGAGGCUGCCAUCAAGGAGGAGCAGGAGUAUGUGGAGCUGAUCGCUGCAGAGAAACACCAGCAGGAGGCGCUGAAGAUUGUGCAGGACCAGAACAAAACCCUGUCUGUACUGGACGAGAUCCUGGAGGACGUGAGGCGGGCGGCUGACCGGCUCGAGGAGGAAAUCGAGGACCACGUGUUUGACUACAACAAGCAGAUGAAGGGAGUGAACGUGGAGGCGGUUCUCCGGGUGGAGGAUGAGGAAGACUCCCAGAGGAACAUGUCCAAACGGGAGGUGGAGGAUGACCUGGGUCUGAGCAUGCUCAUUGACUCCCAGAAUAACCAGUAUGUCCUGACCAAGCCCCGCGACUCCACCAUGCCCCGGGCGGACCACCACUUCAUCCAGGACCUGGUGUCACUGUUCAUGCUGUCCCUGCCCUGCGGUUGGCUGUGUACUCUGGUGGGACUGCCCACCAUGUUCGGACACAUCAUCUGUGGGGUCCUCCUGGGCCCCUCCGGGCUCAACAGCAUUAAGUCCAUGGUACAGGUGGAGACUUUGGGAGAAUUUGGUGUGUUCUUCACUCUGUUUGUUGUUGGCCUGGAAUUCUCCCCUGAACGCCUGCGUAAGGUGUGGAGGAUCUCGGUGCAGGGGCCGUGUUACAUGACCCUGUUGAUGGUGGGGGUAGGGCUGCUGUGGGGGCACCUGCUGCAGAUCCGUUCCACUCAGACAGUGUUCAUCUUCAGCUGCCUCUCCCUCUCCAGCACCCCCCUGGUGUCUCGCUUUCUGGCUGGGGGGACACGGGGGGAGAAGGAAGGUGAGUUGGACUACAGUAGUGUUCUGCUGGGGAUGUUGGUGAUGCAGGAUGUCCAGCUUGGGCUGUUCAUCGCCGUCAUGCCUACCAUGAUUCAGGUUGGGAAUGGGACCCUAGACAGGGUGGUCAGUGUUGAGUGUUUACUGUUCAAGUAUGGUCAGUGUGGUCAGUGUGUGGUCAUCGGGGGCCUUCGUGUUGUGCUGCUGCUGGGCCUGGUUCUCGUCUCCCUGGCGGUGGUGCUGCUGAUAUGCGCUCUGCUCAGGUCCUACGUGAUUGGCCCGUACUACAGGAAGCUGCAUGCAGAGUGCAAGGGCAGCAAGGAGAUCCUCGUGCUGGGGACAUCAGCCUUCAUCUUUCUCAUGCUGAAGGUGACCGAUUUCCUGAGCGUUUCCAUGGAGCUGGGCUGCUUCCUGGCUGGAGCUCUCCUUUCCUCCCAGGGUCACAUGGUCACUGGGGAGGUCUUGAGCUGCAUUGAGCCAAUCAGAGACUUCCUAGCCGUCAUUUUCUUUGCUUCCAUUGGAUUCCAUGUGUUCCCUACCUUUGUGGCCUACGAGUUGACCAUUCUGAUGGUGCUGACUCUGUCUCUGGUCAUCAUGAAGUUUGUCAUGGCGGUGCUAGUGCUGUCUGUAAUCCUGCCCCCGUCUAGCUGCCACAUCCGUUGGAUCGUGUCAGCUGGGCUGGCGCAGGUCAGCGAGUUCUCCUUUGUCCUGGGGAGCCGCGCCCGUCGAGCAGGCAUCAUCUCCCGAGAGGUGUAUCUGCUGGUCCUCAGUGUCACCACACUGAGUCUGCUCCUGGCACCUGUUUUGUGGAGAGUUGCUAUCCUCAAGUGCGUCCCCAGAACAGAGCGGAGGUCUGCCACCUGACCCCUGGAAGAGGAGGCAUAGGACAUGGGGUUCAGAGGUCAUUGUGGUGUCAGGGGGCAGCUGUUGGUUAACUGGACAGUUGGUUUCAAUGCUUUAUACUUCCACGGUUUUAUAUCUACAACACUGUGUUCUUUGUGAUUGUUGAGUAGUGAAUAGUAAUAAUAAUGAACAGUUCAGAAAGGGAACAAUAGGAAGGUGAUGAGAGUUAAAAUGUCACCUAUGCACCAUGUACCUCGCUAUAAACAUGAUUAUCAGCACAGGGUGCAUUCGUACCAGUUGGACCAAGGCCUGUCUUAAAGAGGAGUAUGUCAGACCCUGAACAAAGAUUUAAGCUGAGCAUAACCUUUAAGCUUGUUGUACCAUCUGGACCAAACCUUUUCUUUCCCAUGCAACAUGAAUUGAAAGGUUGGAUUUUUUUAUAUGAGACGUAUAUCAACUCCAAAAUUAGUUCUCAUUUCAGUUAGAUCACGUCUGACCAUACUUCUGUGACUGUGUCUCACUUGCACGUCAGAGGCCUACUCGUCUGCAGCAAGCUGCCUCUGAUGGCAAGGCAAAAAUCUCAAAAUGGACCUUGACAGGACGCAUAUUUCGGAUGCGCUUUGACUGUGAAUAACAGAGAACAUUGGCACACACACGUCCUCAGUGUUUACAAAAGUGACAGCAGAGGAAUAUACAGCUGACAUAGCUUUUUUCUAUUUCUAUUAUCUAUGUUUUUUACUUUUAACUACAACAUCACUCAUAGUUUAUUUAAUCUGUUAUUUGACCUUUUAUUUUUCAUUUAAUGCUCCAUUAUUUUGUCAGUAGACUGAAAUGUGAACAAGGAAAUGUAGGUGCAUGCAACAAGCCAAGCCCAGCAAUGAUCAUUGUGUGUAUUCACAUGAUUGUAUCACCAAACACAGCUAUUGCCCCGCUAAUGUUCAACUGAUGCAGUGGGUGUAAUGUUGGAUGACCGGCUCACCCAAGCUGAAAGUCUUGGCAGGAAUAUAAGGCCAGAUUUUGCACAUGGCAGCUGGUGGGGCUGCAAGCCCCUAAAGUCACCCUCUGUGCCCCAUGUGCAGGUGGUUUGUUCUGCAUCACUGAAUGUGUUUUUUAAAUUUUAAAUUAAAUAUAGAAAUGUUUUGCCUACGCAACACUGAAUAUUGCACCUCGGUCUAACUUCUACAUUUUGUCAGAGCUUUUCUGAAUACCUGAAUUGCCUUUGUUUCUUCCUGUGACUAAGCAGCCUUAGAAAUAGUCGUAUCCUUUUCUCUGUCACUUAAUUACUGGUUUUUACAGUU